AUGGCUGUGAUACACGAACAUAAUUCUUCCAAUUCGUAUGAUAGUGAUGAGACUCUGAAAAAUAGCGAUGAUAAUAUCACAGUGAUGUCAGUCGACGGUGAUGUCGGUUGCCCAUAUGGCAAAUUGAUCUUACUUGGGUACAAUGGAACAGUAGAAAACUGUAAAAAUUGUCCUCAAGAUCGGAAACAUCGCUCAAAAAUGGUUCUGAGGAAACGACUUACGGGUAAUGGCAUUAAAAAAGAUCAGAGUAGUUCAGUUGUAACUCCAUUGUCUCAACAUCAGAUCGUACGUGAUGUGUCAAGGCAUGUUGUUUUGUUUUCAUAUCAUCGUAACCAUACAGUUCUUGUGGAGUACAGCCCUGAUCCCACGAAAGAUAUGUUUCAGAUAGGUCGUUCUUCUGAAAAGCAAAUUGAUUUUACUGUAGUGGACACAUGGCUCGCUGCAAGUCCUUUUUCUUCAGAAGCUCAAAUUGAAAUACAACAUCAGAAUGGCCAACUGGAUGUUUAUCGAGGAGGAAUGGAUGCACAUUGCUGUGAACACAGAUCGAUACCUUCAACUAUAAGUCGUUAUGCAUGUCGGAUACAAAUUGACCGUAAUUAUCCUCAUCGAGCUUUUCUCUAUGCUGCAGGUUUCGAUAGUUCAAGGAAUAUUUUUCUUGGGGAAAAGGCAACUAAGUGGACAAAAAAUGAUGGUGAAAUUGAUGGCCUUACAACCAAUGGCAUUUUGAUUUUGCAUCCUAAAACUAUGCAAAAACAGAAUUCAAAAAUUGGCACAGAUAAUCAUUUGGCAAUGUUUGCGUGGCAUGAAGUUUCUGUUGGUGGUGAUGUAUACAAUUUAAGAGAAACACGAUCAUCGACUAGAAGAGGUGAAUUGUUAACAAAUGAAACUAAUGAACUACAGGAUGGAACGCUAAUUGAUCUAUGCGGUGCAACGCUUUUGUGGAGAACAGCUGAAGGUUUAGCAAGGAGUCCUCGUCGAAGUGAACUAGAAUCAAGGCUGAAUGAAAUCAAUGCUGGCAAGCCGCAGUGUCCAGUAAAUCUAAAUACUCUCAUAAUUCCGCGGAAAAAAUCAUCAAAAAUGUGUGGCUCAUCUAGACAACCAUAUGUAUACCUCAGUUGUGGUCAUGUACAGGGGAAACAUUCAUGGGGUAAAAGUGACAAGAUUGAUAGUGGAAUUUUAUACAAAUGUCCAAUAUGUCUAGUAGAUUCAUCUAAAGUCAUUCAGUUAAUAAUGGGAAUGGAAUCGGCUUUCCAUCUUGAUUCAGAUGCAUUGGAUUAUGCUUUCAACCCUUGUGGUCAUGUUGCUUCAUUAUCUACUGUUAGGUACUGGUCUCGCAUCCCGCUACCAUAUGGAACAAAUAGUUUUUAUCCGGUGUGUCCAUUUUGCACUUCGUUGUUAUGCAUGGAUAAGCCAUAUGUUAAGCUCAUUUUUCAAGAUCACUGCUUUGACUCGUGA